AUGAUGGCAUCUCUCACUGACAAUGCCGACUACGAUGCCGGCGAAUCGUUUGGGUACGUACCCAGCCAAUUUUCAAAGGCUGAAAAUCACGAAUACUAUGGCAGAGGACACAGGACUAGGUACGUUCCUCAAGUCCUGGCCGGAUCCUUUUCCCUGGGCCACCAUCUCCUUACGCUUGCUGGCGCGCUUUUCUUGCGCUAUUCUUUGGCCCCAUAUUUCCACGCGCUUGCAGCAGUGUCUUGCCUCAACAAAUCGCUCAUUGUAUCUCCCAAUAGUUCGAAUAUCAACUCGCCAUCUUGGUUACAGUGCCAUAGCUCCAACCAAUCCAGCUUGUCUGAUCAGCCUCUCUUCAGAGUGACAGUCAUUGUGCGCCUCCUUACUUCUCUGUUCUCUCUAUCCUCUCCUACCUGUACCUCAAUUUUUAUAUACGUAAAAACCCCAUCUACUGUCACAGCUAUUUAUUUAUUUACAGCCUCUGCUCUACAUUAUUUCGUCUCCUAUCUAUCAAUCGGUCUUGAUGGAUCACUCACUGGCUCGGAAUCACUUCGAAUGGCUGGGCCCUCUGAAUUGGAAAGAAAAAUUCAGCAACCAGAUAUUAGCAAAGCGUGCACUGCCGAUGAUAAAGAUCACGUCAUGGGGAAAAGACCCCAAAUUCAACUCCUGCCACUUGAGACAGUAUCGGAGUAUACAGGUAUGGUGGCAGAGACUAUGGCAACAGACCGAUCUGAAGGGAAAGAGAAAGUGACAGUCUUGGAAAAGGCAUCUUCAGACUUCGGGAAGAUUCCAGAUAUCGGACUCACAGAUUUAGCCGAUAUUCAGGUAGAUCAUAUUGAUUUAUGUCUUGGGCAUGCAUAG